CUUUGCUCCCUUUGGGUCAGCCCUGGCUUCGGACUUCCAGGAAGAUUCAUAGGGCUGGUUAAUGACCGACCAGCUCUCGCCCCCUCCUCUCCUGCCCCACAAGCUCUUCGCAGUCCAGCCAUGGGUCCCACCUCGUUCCCUUUCGUCCUCUUGCUCCCCCUGCUCCUUGCUGCACCCGGCGCUGCCCGGCGUCCCCAAAAACGCCCAGCCCCAGAGAAUCCCAUUGACAAGAUUGACGUCCAGGCCAACUUCGAUCUUGGCCAGGUGAGCAGAUGGAUUUGGAAAGGGAAACACAAUUUCUUCUGGGGUUGGAGUGGGGCAAGAUAGCCGAGCUAGAGCUGUCCAAAACUGCCUCUCAAUCAUUGGCUGAGAUGCUGUGAUGUCAUGGAAUGCCCUGCUUCUUUACCCUCCGGGAUGUUUCUAAAGGUGGCUGCAAGAUAUUAAUCGGAGUGUUUUCCUCCCCUGUCGCACCAGCCGGUGCUCCUGGAUCUCACCGGAAGGGUUUUCGUUCAUCCCCUGUUGACAGCAAAUCCUCUUUAAUAUCUGCGUCAGAAGGAAGGUUCCAGAAAGAGCUCUGUCCAAACGUCCCAGAGCAAUCUGGACCCUGUCCCUGCCCUCCUCUCGCAUGAUGGCGUUUCUUACAGCGUUGUGCUUUACCUUUCUGUCUCUGUUUUGCACACCUGGCAGGUGUCAAGCCAGUCACAAAGGCGUCCUCAGUCCUGGGUCCACAGGUGAAGGGGAAGCCAGGUGGGAACUUCCCUCCCAACAACCCCCACCUCUUGAAAAAACACCCCUGAGCUUGUGUGCGUUGUCAAGAACCUCGCUCCAUAAUGUGAUAUUUACACACUGGCGGGAUAUGGCACACCUUGGUUCUCAAAUUCUAAAUUUGAUCCAUGCCAAGUAAUUCCAUUUAGCUUAGAUAAUUUAAAACCACCUGUCACACCCCAUGACAAAGUUUAAAACGCAAGGGACCGAAAAUCUGUUGGUUGUUAAGGUGCUACAAGACUCAAUGCUUUUGCAAGUUGUCUAUGCUUUCCAGUGUGAUUUGGGGCAGAAAAGGCUAACGGGGUGACCUGCAGGUGGUGAUGGACAGCUCCCAUCAUCUCUGACCUUUGCUGGGGUUUAUGGAAGUUGUGGUCCAAAACAGAUGGAGGACAUCAGGUUGGAUAUCCUUGGUUUGGAGGAACGAACAAACGAACUCCCCCAUCCACACAAAUCUUAUUUUUUAAAAUCGCUUAACAAUAUUGUUAGUGUUAUUUACCCUCUCACAUUCAGUGGGCUGUAUCCAACCAAGUUCUACUCAAGAGGAUACACACUGAAAUUAAUGAACUGAAGUCAGACUCAUAUCCAUCCAUUUCAGAGGACCUACUCUGAUGUACACCCCCUCACAUUCUCCACUGGAAAUUUGUUGUUGUUGUUUAGUCAUUUAGUCAUGUCCUCCUCUUCGUGACCCCGUGGACCAGAGCAUGCCAGGCCCUCCUGUCUUCCACUGCCUCCCGCAGUUUGGUCAAACUCAUGUUGAUAGCUUCGAGAACACUGUCCCACCAUCUCAUCCUCUGUCGUCCCCUUCUCCUUGUGCCCUCCAUCUUUCCCAACAUCAGGGUCUUUUCCAGGCAGUCUUCUCUUCUCAUGGGUUGGCCAAAGUAUUGGAGCCUCAGCUUCAGGAUCUGUCCUUCCAGUGAGCACUCAGGGCUGAUUUCCUUCAGAAUGGAGAGGUUGGAUCUUCUUGCAGUCCAUGGGACUCUCAAGAGUCUCCUCCAGCACCAGAAUUCAAAAGCAUCCAUUCUUCAGCGAUCAGUCUUCUUUAUGGUCCAGCUCUCACUUCCAUACAUCACUACUGGGAAAACCAUAGCUUUGACGAUACGGACCUUUGUUGGCAAGGUGAUGUCUCUGCUUUUUAAGAUGCUGUCUAGGUUUGUCGUUGCUUCUCCCCUCCAAGAUUUCUCCGAUGAAAAGAGCGACGUCCUAGGUUGUCCCAAGUUGACUCUCUCUCUCUCCCCUCUUCCAGUUUGCUGGGAAAUGGUUCCUGGUCGGGGUGGCCUCGCAAUGCAGCUACUUGAGUGAAAACAGCCACCGGCUUGAAGCAACCAACCUGGUGGUCUCUGUGGGUGGUGCAAGCUCUCAGGGAUCCUUGUUGGUGAGCACCUUCCGCCCGCUGUGAGUAUCCGAGGAAGCCGGCGGGAUCCGCUGGGCCCAGAUGAAUGGGGUGUAGAGGAAAGGUCAUCCUCUUUGUUGGUCCCCAAGAAUCAUAGAAUGGUAGAGUUGGAAGGGACCCCAAGGUUCCUCUACUCCAACCACCUGCAUUAGAGGAAUCUCAGCGACUGUUGGGAUUUUUCUACUACAUGCCAUUCUGUGCAGCUUCACACAAAGCAAUUAGAAGGUGGCCAAAAGCCAAGGAUGACUGAGCAGAGGAGUUAUUCUGCCUAGAGAUAUGGGAUCUUGGAUACAGCUCUACCAUUGGUUGAUGUUUCACACAGGCAUGAUGACUUAUGACCUUACUGACUGGAUAGUGUUGUUGGUCAGUGUGGUGUUUUGAGAGUCGUUUGGAGUUUGUUAAGAGAGAGCCAGUUAAGAUCCGCAUCUGUUCUUGUACAUAGUAACUUGUAGAGUCUGCUGUUUUUGAUAAUCACCUCUAAGUAACCAAGUUACUGGUAGCAGCGUCUUGUUCUUGCUUCGUCCAUCCUGCCUGCAACUGAUUGAUUUCUGGAACUCUGCGUAUGCUCUGCUAAGGUCUGGCUAAGGUCCUGCAACAGGUCAAAGUUGCAAAACACCAAUAGCUACAACAUCCCUGGCAGAUGGCCAUCCAACCUCUGCUUAAAAACCUCCAAGGAAGGAGAGUCCACCACCUCCCGAGGGAGACCGUUCUACAGUCGAAUAGCUCUUACUGUCAGAAAGUUUUUCCCUGGAGGACUCUGUCUGCCACCUUUGGAGGAAAUCUAGUGAGGUAUAAAUGUGGUAACCCAAAGGAAUGCUCUUUCGAGCAACUAUUACAUGCGCACAUAGAGCCAAUGCCUUUGUUUUUUUCUGCGGAAGGAGGGAUGUGUUUUUCUGGUGCUGGCUGUUCCUAGGCAAACAGCCUAUGGAACAGGAUCCGGCCUGACGUGGACCGGCCGCUGGAAUACUGCCCUGAAUGCUUGGUCUUCUCCUCCAUCUCUGCAGGGACGGCGUCUGUUGGAACAUCCAGCAAACCUACUUCCCCACCAAGAUUCCUGGCAGGUUCCUCUUGAAAGGUGGGCGAGGAUUGGGGUGGUUUUGCCCCUGGGGACCUCCCUCACAUUUCUCCCAGUUCCCCCUUCCCCUGAGCAAUAAUCCUCAGCUUUUCUACUACUGCACGUGUUUCAAGCACUCCCAGUUGAUAUCUCUAGAACACCUACAGCAUGGGUAGGCAACCCAAGGCCCGGGGGCCGAAUCCAGCCCAAUCACCUUCUCAAUCUGGCCCG